GCGAAAGAUGAACGGACCUUGCAUUGAUUGCUAUGGUAACCCGUGCCACGCACACUUUUAUUAUCCUAAGUAUUGGAGAUAGCCAUAAUAAAGUAAAAAGUUUAAAGUGAUGCUAUAAAAAUUGAUUUUUCAUAAUAGUAAUAUUUAAUAAAAAAAGAUUCAUAAGCAAUCCUAUUUUCGUACUUUAAGAAUUUUGAUCUGCAAAAGUGAAAAGUUGAAGAUACUGUGUAAAAUCACUCAGACUUCUAAUUAACCCUGAAAAUGAUUUAUUACUACAGAUGGCGCAAAGUUGUUACUUGAACCGAUUUACCGUAAAUUUACGAAUAUAAUCUUUGUGAAUUUUUCAUCUGAUAUGCAAUCAUAAAAGAUGGCAGCCAAGAGACUGAGAAAAUUAUGGUUAAAUGAUGUAGAUAAAGAAGUACCUCGAACUACAAAGUAUCGCAUGAGAUUGAAUUCCAGAAAAGACUACAAUUUAAUUCCUCAAAACGUGCCAAAUGAAAAUCAAGUUGAUGAACUUAUGGAAUGUGAUAAUAACACUGCGAUAGCUGAUGGUGAAAUUAGAAGCACUGUUUAUGCUUCUGAAUCUGAUGAACCUGAUUCUUAUUGUCACGAUAACGAAAUACAUGUCAAUAACGAAAAUGGCGAAGAAUUUUACGAAAAUGACGAAGAAUUUUACGAGAGUGACGAAGAAUUUUACGAAAAUGAAUUUCCUUUCGACGAAGAUAAUCAGGAAAAUGGAACAGCUAGUAGUAUAUUAGAAGAAAUGUUGAAUUCUGAAGAAAUGCAUAAUAUUAUUGAUAUACCUAUAUCAGUAAGUAAAGGUGAAAUUCUCAUGAUGGUAUUGAAAUACGCACUGUUUCAUAACUUAUCACAUAGUGCAGUAACAAAUUUAUUUUCAUUAAUUAAUUGUAUGUUUGUGCGAUCGUUCUUACCUGACACUCGAUACCUUAUAGACAAAUUGUUUUUUUCAUCGUCUUUAGUAAAAUACCAUGCCCUGUGCCCGUAUUGUGGAGCAUACGUUGGAACAUUUGUUCGACAAGAUAAACAUAAAACUUGUUUACUUUGUAAAAAACAAUUCAAUUUGAACGAAAUGCAAUUUAAAGAUUUUUACUCUACAUUUAAUGUUGCCAACGAUAUAAAAGCAAUAAUUGAAGAUAAUGAUGAAUAUUAUCAUUAUGUUGUAAACGAAAGAGUCCAUGAACCUGGAAAGUAUAGCGAUAUUUAUGAUGGGGAAAAAUAUAAAUGUUUUGUUGAAAGUUUAGAUAUUGAGGAUAGAAACCGAUACGUGUCGUUACUGUUUAAUACAGAUGGGGCAAAUGCAUUCAAUAGGUUUCACUCACAGAAUUCAGUUUAUCCACUUCAUCUUAUUGUAAAUGAGUCACCCCUAGAUAUUAGGACUUCAAAAACAAUUGUUUGCGGAUUAUGGUUCGGUAAAGGAAAACCGGAUAUGAAUGUUUUCUUACGUUCCUUCGUAGACGAAAUGAAUGAGUAUUCUAGAUUAGGAAUUCCGUGCUUAAUUCGAGGAGAGACUAUCAUCAUCAAACCAUACGUAAUCGGUUGUGUUGUAGAUUCCAUUGCUCGUCCUCCUUUACAAGGUGUAGGUCAGUUCAAUACUCCAUACGGAUGCAACUGGUGUAUUCAAAAGGGUGAAUGGACUCCAAAUGCUGAAAACACUGGUGGUUCAGUCAAAUACCCAUUCUUACAUCCUUUACCGAAAAACCGAACAAAAGAACAUUUCGAAAAGUGUUUAAAUCUUCUUAGAGAUAAACGUAAUCCUAAUGAUACUUUAUCCAUUCAGUAUUCUACUGCUGUAAAUCAUACUCUUGAAAGUGACUCUGUAAAUGUAGAAGAAGAUGAAGAAGCUGAGAAUACUGAAGGGGUUAUUGCUAAUAGCCAAAAGAAGGAUAAUUGUACUUACGGAGUUUUGCAUGAGUCACCCUUAACUAGUCUCAAUAGGUUUGAUAUUGUUUCCUCCAUGAUUCCAGAUGACAUGCACUUUGCAAGAUUAGGGAUAGCAUCACAAUUUACAAAUUAUCUCUUUGACAAAAAAUCCCCACUGAAAGAAAAUUUAACUUCUCUAAAUGCAAAAGAAAUCGACAAAAUUUUAAAUAAUAUUUCAGCCCCACACCAAGCUAUGCGCUUAACGCGUUCAAUUACCGACAGGCAUAAGUGGAAAGCCAAGGAGUGGGAAAAUUAUAUUUUGUAUUAUAGUUUACCAGUAAUGCAACUAUUUUUCGAGGAGAAACUGGUAAAACAUUGGGCUUUAUUUGUCGAAUCAUUUUACAUAGGAUUAUUACCAUGCAUUUCUCAUAAUCAUUUGCUUCGUAUGGAGUAUUUAGUUAAAAAGUUUAUAAUUUAUGCAGAAAAGUAUUAUACAAAAAGAAGCUUAACUUACAAUGUCCAUCAGCUCUGGCACUGGAUUGAAUCUCUGUCGAAUUGGGGUCCAUCGUGGGCUCAUAAUUGUUUCGUGUUUGAAACAGGUAAUGGGAAAUUAGUUCGUUCUAUUAAUGCUUCUAAAGGAGCAUCAAACCAAAUUUGUAGAAAUAUUUCCAACGAACAUUGUGACAGAAUUUUAAGCAAAACCAUUCUUCCUAUUUGUACUGAUAAGGUAAAAGAUUAUUACUUGUCUUUAAAAAAGGCAAGUACAAAACAUACAUGUAAAAUAUCUGUUGCUAGAUAUUUUGGUAUUCCUCGUCCAGUGCAUAAAGAUUGGAUUAACCGACUCGGAUUGACUUUAAAUGCUGUAUAUUACAAGAGAAUGGUUAAAGGAAAAUGUAUUUUUUCAACGUCAGGUGAUGCAAAUGUUCGUACAAAUAAUAGUUUUGCGCAACUAAAAAGUGGUACUUUUAUUAAAAUUCAGAAUUUUAUUGUUGAUGAAAAUCUUGAAACAGAGCACGUAAUUUACAAAGUUAUUUGUACCGAAAAUUUCAUUCAAGAUCAAUAUUCGUAUCUGCAAAAAGUAAAAGAAAUAAGUAAUACUCUCAUGGUCGCAGAAGUUGACGAAUUAGAAAACAUUUGUGUCUUUUUUAAAAUUAGAAAGGUGGAUUAUAUUUGUCCCGUGCCAAACUUAUAUUACUACUAAUAGGCGGAAAUUUAAUUACAUUAAUAACGUCAAUUCCUAUAAUUAAAAUGUUAUAUUUUUUCUGUUAUUCAAAUAUUGAAUAUAAACUAUAAAUAACACUUUAUUACGUCAAUAAUUAUUGCAAAUUAAAAAAAAUUAUUAAAAGCAAAUCAAAUAAAUUAUGUGUUUAUAAUAGGCGUCGUCCCAUGCCUCUUAAUUGGCAAAUUAUUUUCCUCUAUCUGACAAAGAACAUUAAUUUGUUACUGUUUAUACUACUUCAUAAUUUAUUAGAAAUUUCAAUUAAUGUAUGUUACCUUGUUACCUUGAUGUUUUGCAUUGUUUUGGUAAUUAUAUUA